UCUUUCAAGUAUUGUAGUGCUUCUACUAUAAUUGAUGGCUUUGAAAAUAAUUUGAUUUUUGAUUUUAAGAAAGUUUCAGAUAUAAAAGGCAUACAAAUUGGUAUUGAAGAGAAAAAAAAAAAUAGUAAAUCAUUUUCAGGAGAUAUUGAAAGUGAUCCAAAGAAUGAAUAUUAUGAAAAUGAAGAGAGAAAUUAUAUUAAUAUUUGGGAAUAA